AUGUUGAAUUUGACGAAAUUAGUAUCAAAUAUAAUUGGAAUAAAUAAUAUAAUAAAAUUACUCCAAAAUAAUAUUAAUAAUAUUAAUAUAAUAUCACAUGUUGGUGGUAUUAUAGGACAAAUUUCAAAUUCAAAUAUAUCAAUUGAUUAUAAGUAUAUUAGAUCCAAUUGUAAUGAUGAUUAUAGAAUUGAAUAUAUACUUGAUACAAUGUUAUAUGCAUAUAUUAAUCUUAAAGGAACUAUACAACAAUUUAAUCAUAUAUUAUUUUGUAUUAAAAAAUUAAUAAUGAAUCGUAAAUUAUCAAUAAAAAUUGGACAAGAAUUAAUACCAAUUUUAUUACCAAAUAUGAAAUAUAUAAAUGAUAAUGAUUAUAUAAUAAAUAUAAUGGAAUUAUUAUUGAAAUUAUCAAAUUAUAUACCAAAUUGUUUAAUAAUGAAAGAAUUGGGUAUUGAAGAUAUUUUACAAGAAUUAAAUAAUAUUGAUAUUAUUAUACAAUUUAAAAUCAAAUUAAUUAAUAAAAUACAUCAAAAAUUAUUUUUCAUUAAAUAA